GAGUAAUGUUUCAAAAAGAAAUCUAUAAAGAGCGUCAUUAGCAUAUGUCAAGAGGGCAUUUAACUGGGGAAUGUAUUUAAAAGGGAGUUCAAUUUGGUCGCCUCAUUUCUUCACGGAGUAAAACCAAAAGAGCAUUCUGUGGAACUGGCUCUGCUGGUCGAGGAAACCAGGAGAAAAUCCAAGUCCGUGGGAAUAGUCCGUGGGAGAGGGAGAGCAAGCGAGGGAGCAUGUGCUAACGGACGCGGAUGUACACAUGCAGUAAGCGGCGAUCUGGUACUGCGCAAAGGUGUUUACUCCGGACAUCUUCGCUCUCAACUUUUGUGAUUUUGAAACGGCAGCGCGGGCGGUUUGGUGAUGGCCUCCGUGGGCGAAGUGGGAAGCUUCGCACACGGCCUGGAAAGCUUCGGACAGGGAUCGCAUUUUGUCCUGGCGGCCGCUGGGGAGAGUCCAGUGUUGCUGGGAGAUCACCUGGUCCCAGCGGAGCGACUGUCACGGAGUACCCCCGCGGAUUUAACGCAUUUAAAAGGAAUUCUGCGGAGGAGGCAACUGUACUGUAGAACUGGGUUUCACCUUGAAAUACUACCAGAUGGCACAGUGCAAGGUACAAGAAAAGAUCAUAGUCGAUUUGGUAUACUGGAGUUCAUCAGUCUUGCAGUGGGAAUAGUGAGCAUCAGAGGGGUGGACAGUGGACUUUACCUCGGAAUGAAUGGGAAAGGAGAGCUCUAUGGCUCGGAAAAACUGACUGCGGAGUGUGUCUUCAGGGAACAGUUUGAAGAGAACUGGUAUAACACGUACUCUUCCAACCUAUACAAACACGGGGACAAGGGGGCUCGCUACUUCGUGGCUCUGAACAAAGACGGGACAUCACGAGACGGGACGCGGUCCCGGCGACACCAGAGGUUCACCCACUUCCUGCCCAGGCCUGUGGACCCUGAAAGAGUGCCAGAGCUCUACCGGGAGAUCCUGGGACCCAGCUGAUCCAGCUGAUCCAGCUAAUCCGUGGGACAUUCCUGGUGAUCUGGUUUCCCUGGAAAAGAGGAGGAGCAUGCACAUAUCACACGCACACACACUUACUCCAAAGAACAGCAA